AUGCGGACGACGCAGGCAUACAAGACGGCGCGUCGCAGCUCGCUGGACAAGCCCAACCUGGCGACGCGCGGUGUUCAGCUGCUGAAGUGGAUCCCGUCACGAGUUUGGAAGUGGAACGAAUUCCUCGAGCCUUUCUACGGCACCACCGUUCCCGACGAGAUGUUGGUGCGCUACGAGUACCUGCCUUACUUCCAGAACUUCGAAGUAAACAUCGACGACGUGCUAAGCGCGAAGCCCAUCGUGACGGUGCACUUCCUGGCGCUGCGACUGCUUCUGUGGCUGGCGCCGGCGCUGACCACGGUCGACGGCGAGCCGCAGAGCCUGACCGAGUUCUACACGCUGUACGAGGUUGGCCUCCGGUACCCGGCGAACCCUGCGCACCGGCAGCGGCGUUACCACGCCUGCCUGCGCGUGCUCGACCGGUUCAUGACGCACGCGCUGACCGUCGCCUUCGAGAAGGUCGUCGAAGACAAGAAGCACACCGCCUCGCAAAUGCAGGACAUAUUCCGCGCCCUGAUCCGCCAGAACCUGACCACAGCAGCAGACAAGAAGUUCUCGUUCAGUUCGCACACCAAUGCCCGUUCGCGGCUGCUCUCCUACAGAAAGACUGGGAAGCUGAGAACGUUCGUGUUCCAACCGGAGAAGAACAUGGAGCGAGUGCUGCGCUUCAUCUACGAAGGCGCCUUCGACUUCCAGGGCGCCACAUUCGUCGAGAACCUGCUGGCGUACGCCCGAACUGGAAACGCACACUACUGGAAGUUCAUGUCCGGAUUCAACGCCAGCAGCUCCCAGCUCUACGUACACACGCCGCUCCUGCUCAAACCCGAGGCAUCGUACGUAUACGACACCAACACGCUCGUGAUCCCUCUCAGCAUCAUGUACGACCACAGCAUUGACGACCUCGAGGUCAACGUGUUCCGCAAGGUAAAGAUCGCCUUCAACAUUCUUCGUGCCAUGGUCAAGCUCUACGACGUCAUCGGGUCGGUGAUGAACGAAAAGGCAUUCUUCGAGAACUGGGUCAGCGGCUACGCCCUGCUGAAGACGAACGACCUGGAACGCUGCAUCAUGAGGCAGUACAGGCUCAAAAAGAAAGAGAACCCUCUCCACCAGAGACCUCCGAUCGCGGCUGUGGAGAACUUUGCCGACUUCAUCGGCAUGGCGGCCACGAUAAAGUACUUCCGCGAGACGGUGCGACGCAAGGCGUACCCUCGAAGCGACUACCGUCUCCAGGACUUCAAACUGCUGUCGUCAGAGCAGCUGCUCUUCUACGCUGUGGGCGAGGAAUUCUGCGAGCGUUGGCCGAGCCCCAAGACAGCCGACGGAAGGGCGACCCUGGAGCGGUACUCGCAAGACGAUUUUUACCCGAACCGAAAAAGACUGACCAAGGUGUUCGACAGCAUGGAGCUCCUGCACGAGACCUUCCGCUGCCUCUCCCGCGCAGCCUGCAAGGUGCUCGCGUCGGACUACCCCGAGAACGACACGCUGCAGUCCUCGCUGAGCAUCUUCAGCAUCUUCUGA